AGAGAAGGGUGAUAAAGCAACCCCAAACAGAGACAGAGUAAUCAAUUAGCUUUCUUCAUAGAGAAGUAGAGAAAGAAGGAGACAGAGACACCCUCCUCAGAGAGAGAGAGAGAGAGAGAGAGAGAGAGAGAUCAAAAGUUGCAAACAGAGACAUAAAUGAGAGAGAGACUUACUGGACCCUCUCUCUCCUGUGGUUUCUUUUAGAUUAUAUCCUUUGAUCUUUUGCUGCUUUGCUUUGCUUUGUGUAUAUGUCUCUUUCAAGUUCUUUGCUCCAUAUACACUUGGUCUAGGCAUCUUAAAGCAAAACAAUUGAGGUAAAGAGAGAAGUGAAAUUCCUGGGAAAUUGUUUUCCCAUUCCCAAGUCCUCUGUUUCUUCUAGCUAACUGAAAAAAAAAAAAAACAAAAACAAAAACAAAAGUUUUCUUAACUAUGGCUUUCAUUUCUGCCACAUGUCCCGAUUCCAGCUUCUUCUUGGAGUACAAAGAUGAAAAUGGUCUGAGAAAAUCUUGCAUGGCGAGUCAUAGAGUUGGAGAGACUGCUACUGGUUUAUCAGAAUCAGGACCUUCAAAUCACCAUGUUCCUUAUGCUGUUCUUCAUGGGAUGAAUGCUCCGUCAACCAGUUUUCUCAAUCAAGAAGGAUCUGCCUUUGAUUUUGGAGAGCUGGAAGAAGCAAUUGCGCGGCAAGUUAGAAAUGAUGAAGCUCAAGCACCUUUAUUCACAGGCAGGCCUGCUGCUACUCUGGAAAUGUUCCCUUCUUGGCCAAUGAGAUUCCACCAAACCCCAAGGGGAAGUUCGAAGUCAGGAGGGGAAAGCACAGACUCAGGAUCACAAGUGAACACUCUCACAAGCAAGGGAGAGGGUGGCCAGUUGGAGCCAGAAUCUCCAAUCAGUAAAAAGGCAUCUUCCUCAGAUCACCAACAGACUUUUGAUCAGAAGCAUCUACAGUUUCAACAGCAGCAACAAUUGCAGGCUCAAGACAUGGCAAUAAAUGACAGUUCAAGAGGAGGAGCAGUAGGAGUAGGAGCUUCACAAAGUCAAUCAGCUGCCAAACCAUCCCAGGAAAAGAGGAAGGGAGCUGGUUCAACAUCAGAGAAUAAACAACUUGAUGCUAAGACAUUGAGACGUCUAGCUCAAAACAGAGAAGCUGCAAGAAAAAGCCGUCUCAGAAAAAAGGCUUAUGUGCAACAGCUAGAGACAAGCAGGAUAAAGCUUACCCAGCUAGAACAAGAUCUUCAAAGAGCGCGCGCUCAGGGGUUGUUCUUGGGUGGUUGUGGUGGUGGUCUUGGCAAUAUCAGCUCAGGUGCUGCAAUAUUUGACAUGGAAUAUGCAAGAUGGCUAGAAGACGACCACCGGCACAUGUCGGAGCUCCGAACAGGGUUGCAGGCACAUUUAUCCGAUAGCGAUCUUCGCGUAAUUGUGGAUGGAUACAUUUCACACUAUGAUGAAAUUUUCCAGCUGAAAGGAGUGGCUGCUAAAUCUGAUGUGUUUCACCUCAUUACUGGAAUGUGGACUACCCCAGCUGAGCGUUGCUUCCUCUGGAUGGGUGGUUUUAGACCCUCUGAGCUAAUCAAGAUGUUAACAGCACAGUUAGACCCACUAACAGAACAGCAAUUCAUGGGGAUAUAUAGCCUCCAGCAGUCCUCGCAACAAGCAGAAGAGGCACUUACUCAAGGUCUAGAGCAGCUUCAUCAGUCUCUGGUCGACACCAUUGCCGGUGGGCCAGUCAUCGACGGCAUGCAACAGAUGGCCGUGGCUUUGGGCAAGCUCACUAAUCUUGAAGGCUUCGUUCGCCAGGCUGAUAAUUUGAGACAACAAACCCUUCAUCAAUUGCGCCGGAUUUUGACAGUUCGUCAGGCAGCUCGAUGCUUUCUUGUAAUCGGAGAGUACUAUGGACGAUUACGAGCACUUAGUUCUCUUUGGGCAUCUCGACCGCGAGAGAGCAUGAUCAGCGAUGACAACUCGUGCCAAACAACAACAGACUUGCAAAUGGUUCAACCUUCGCAGAAUCACUUCUCAUCCUUCUGAUCAAAUCCCAAUAUAGCCAGAGAGCUGCCUCGUAAUUACUGGAUCAACUUCUUAGAUUUCUAGCUUUACUGGCUGUGCUGCUGGGUGUUCCUUGAUCAAGCUACUACUUUAGAAGAGAUAGGACAUUAUAUAUAUAUUUUUCUGCUUUUUUUUUUAUUUUUUAUUUUUCUAAUGUCCUUGUGUCACCACUACGUUAUCUUGUAAAUGUAAUUCAAUAUUUUCUGUGCA